UGUGCGUGUGUGUGUAUGUGUGUCAUCAGGGGUGUGGACGCCACGGAGAGGCGUGGGCCGCAUCCACAUCUCCGCCAUAAAGAGCCCGCUUCACCUGCAGCAGCAGCGGCAGCGGCACUCAGGUCGACCCGGUUCGCGGUCUGUUUCGCUUCCAUCGCCAAGGUCCCCCGUGAUUGGCUGAGCGCUCUCCCUUUAGCCCGCCCCUCCGCCCCUCCACUUGCAGACGCGCAAGGACUCUUCGCUGACUCUUGUUUCCUUCCUGCGCUCUGAGUCUGGGAGCACGUCCCCGGGGCUGAAUCGCAGAAAAGCAGAGAGCAGACGGAGCCGCGCGCCAUGGCAGCUACGCACAGCAGCGAGUACCGGGCCUACCUGCGGAACGCCAUGGACGUCGAGGCCGGGCAGCAGCGCUUCCCGCCGGUGCCGAGCUCGGAGCCGACCUACCGAUCGCUGUUCAUCGGGACCCUGGCUGUUAUGGGAAUACUUCAGGUGGCCUCCAGCGUCGCGAUCUUGUUGCACCUGACCGGUUACCUGCACGAGGUGGACCUGUCACCGUCUUCCCGUCCUUCCCUGGAGAUGGAGAGUGAACCAGUGGUGCACGCCCUGAAAGACCCAAGAAAAAAAGUCAGGUGCAAACCUCCCAAAGACGCCACAACGCCGUCCGCCCAUCUACCAAUCAGAGCACCUCAGGAGUUCACUAAGAAGGACUACAGCAUGAUCAACAUCAAGUGGGACGAUCUGCACGGAAACCUCCACAAAAUGAGCUACGAUGACGGGAACCUGCUGGUGAGGGAAUCGGGCCUCUACUACGUCUACGUGAAAACCUGCUUCCGCUACUACAACAUCGGCGGUCCAGACGAGGGCCGCGAGGCCAGGACGCGCCCUCCGGACGUGAGCAAGGCCCAGCUCAUCCAGUACGUCUACCAUAAGAACAUCAAACAGAACAGCAGGAAGGUGUUGCUGAUGAAGACGGGAAGCACCAAGCAGUGGAACAACACGAGUUACAACAUGUACUGCGCCCAGCAGAGCCGAGUGGUCCCCCUGGUGGAGGGAGACGCCUUGUUUGUCGAAGUGUCUAACGCUUGGCUGCUGGACCAGGAGGCGGAAGGGACGUACUUUGGGGCUGUAAAGUGGGGUAACUGAAACUUUGUCACCGGCGGAGCAAACAUGCUACUGAACAUUUUUCUAACCGAUGGAACCACUUUUAGGGGAUCAGUGAUGUUGAAUUGUCGAACCAGUUUGGUUUCGGUUUUACGCCACCACGUGUGUUUGGUUGUACGCCACAUUGCCUUUCAUCCAACAGCCCUGGAGACUUUUGUCAGGUGAACUAAAAAAGACACAAAAAAAAAAAAAAACAAAAGGGUUUAAAAACGGAACCUUUUUACUUUCCCACAGAGCUUCUUGAUUAAACAUUUACCAGCACUGGAAUUUAAAGGACGUUUUUUUAGUGUGCCGCAAUUUGCAUGCCAGUGGAUUUUGGCUCAGAGUCCCACAUAGAGUCAGCAUCCGUAUAUGUUUUAGUAAUACAAACAACAAGGGAGCAACGAAGGAAGUGAGCUUCGAGGCAGGAAGGAGUUUUCGGUGCUCAGUGUUGGGCAAAAUGUCCAGAAGGACACUAGGGUAGAGAGUUAUCAGUGUCUCAGACACAGCAGUGAGCGCAUGAAUGUUUUCCUAAAAGUUUUAGGUGGUUUGAAAAAGGCAUCCUCACAUUGGUUCAAUUGGAAAUGAGCAGUCAGGUGAUAAUAUUCUUAUGUUGUGCUUACAUUCUCAAUGUUGGAAUGAAAGCCUUAAAAGGUUAGGCCACAGCAUUGAAGUGAGGUUCUUUAAAGUAAUUAUCAGUAAUGUCUCUCUCUUCGGUUGUAGAAAUAUUUAACUCUGAACUUGUUGGAAAAAUAAGUACGUCCUCUAAGGGGUGGAAGCUAAUAAGUCAGAUACAUAUGGUAUAAAUCGCUGGCUUGGUGAAGCAGCUGACUGUGAGUCUGCUGGGAUAAUUGUGAAACUAUGAGACCUGGAAAACAUGUCAUGUUUACACAGCUAAUGCAAAAUCAGAGCUGAAGAGGUGAAUCUGGUGGAUUCAUACACCCAGCUGGGUCACCAAGGUGACUCCAUUAAGGAACAUGGAGGUUGUUCAACAACAGACCCAACAACUGCUUCUGUCCUACUGAAUGUUUUCACCUUGAGCUGAUUUAAACGUCUAUGUUAGCUAAAACAGAUUGACUAGCUUGUUAGCUUCCACCACUACAGGGUGGGGCUGGAUGAUAUCGGUUGAUAUCAAUGAUCAUUUAUUAAUUUUUUUGUUUUAAAUAUCUGAAAUGUUGCCAAACUGGUGGUGUGACCUUUCCUGUUUUAUCCACAGUCUUAACACCUUAAACUGCCACUGCACUGGUUACUCAACAAGAUGUUGCUAGGUAACCAAAGAGCGAGUUAGUUAGUUUAUACCACCCACCGGUUGAGCAUUUAAUGCCUUUUCCUCUGCCUACAUCCCCCAGAAUGUUGUUUGGUUCUGGAUCGGAGUUCAGUGUAUAUUCUAUAUAUUGAAUAUUCUAUCAGACGUAUUAUCUAUUGAUAUUGAUCACGUGUCCAUCACAAUAUACUUUGUUACUGAUUUUAUUGUCCAGCCCAACGAAGGGAUUUAGUUACUUUCCAUCAAACUCACGGCGCUAUGACGACCGUCUACCGUAGGUAAGAGUAUUGUUACUGAUAAUAACUUCACACACCUUACCUCAAAAAAUCCAAACCAACCUGAACAAAACCAAUGUGUCCUCCAAAAGACUCAUCCAGUUUUCUAAUGUUGCCAUCAACUGCAAUAACCUGACAAUGUCAUUAAAACCAAAGAGGAAAUGACACCUGCUUGUUUUAAUUGUGACAACCAAGAAGCGAUGAAGAUAGCUGGACUGUCUGACUGUAAAAGGACAUGAAUGGACUUGUUGUCCUUAACAAGGGGAACCAAACUGAGUUUGGUUCAGCUUUUAACUUAAAUUUAAAUUUUUCAUUUAUCUCUAACUCGAGCUAAAUGGGAAUAUGCAUUUAAUAUUUAUUUAUUAGCUAUAGAGGUACAGGUCAUCGUUAAAGUGAUUUGUCCACUGUAAAAUCAUGUACAUUUUUUUUUUGUCUGUUUGACAUUCAUUAUGCAGCACUUAAAGUUAAUAUUAGAAACACGUUUUGUUUGUAAAACACAGGGGCUUUAUUUCAAAUUAUAUAUUUAUGUAUCUUGAUUAUUUUAUUUUAUUUUUUUGACAAUUCUGUGUACGUACCUAGCCAAAAAGCAACAUGGAUUUAUUAUUGUUCUACAAGACUGUAGCAUACCUGUAAGAGCUUCAUUGAUUGUUUUUCCACAUCCCGUUUUAUUAUUUAUGUUUGUGUAAGUUUUAAUAAAAUCCUGCUUUUGUA